CGUAGCCCUAAUCGAAUCCUCGGAAGUCGAAACUCCACGCAAUGAUCGCGCCAUCAUUCACGUCCUUCUUGAGAGCGGCGCGGACGUCUCAUUGCAGACCAGACAGACUCAGGAAUCAGCGUUCCACCACUGUGCACUCGCCGGCAACAACGAGGUUCUGACGGAGAUGAUCAGUCGCAUGUCAGCUACGGAAAUGCAAAAGGCCUUGAACCAGCAGAAUGCCGUGAGUUGGACGCCGCUGCUGAUUACCGCAAAUCGGGGUCAUAUGCAAAUGGUGACCACUAUCCUCGCCAAUCACGGACAAGUCGACGUGUUCGAUCUCGAAGGUAGAUCUGCUCUUCAUCUAGCCGCUGAGCACGGCUACCUUCAAGUCUGCGAUGCGUUAUUGGCAAACAAUGCCUUUAUAAACUCCAAAUCAUACGUGGGAAACACUGCCCUGCACCUAGCUGCCAUGAAUGGUUACACGCAUUUGGUACAAUUCCUCGUACAGGACCACAGAGCCGCGAUAGACGUGCUCACACUGAGGAAGCAAACUCCUCUUCAUCUGGCAGCGGGAGCGGGUCAGUUGAAAGUCUGCAAGCUAUUAUUGGAACUCGGCGCAAGCAUAGAUGCCACAGACGACCAGGGACAAAAGCCGAUUCACGCUGCGGUCAUGAAUAACUACACCGAAGUGGCGCAACUCUUUUUACAAAGGCACGCCGGUCUG